UCGAAAUCAAUCCCGUCGACUGUCCCUCCUCUCGUCGACGCCGUCCAACUCGCUCUCCCCUCCUCUCAUCUCCUUUGUUCGGUUGAAACACAUUUAUGAUGAUGUCUCUAUCAAGAACAGUGGCUCCUAGAGCUCUGAGAGCUUCAUCCGCCAUCCCAUACUCUCUGAUCCGUGCCGCACCCGCCGCCUCCAUCGCUUCAUCCUCCAGAAAAUCCGCCACAUCAGCAGUUACCCCUUCACCAGCAGGAGGAGAUGCCUCUAGACUACCAGUCACAGGCGGUGUUCGGCGCGAAGUUCCCCUACCGAGUCAGGAGCCCAAGCAAGGCGCCAUGCAAUAUGCCUUGACGACCCUGGAUCAGAUUGCCAACUGGGCUCGACAAGGCUCGCUGUGGCCUUUGACUUUUGGAUUGGCGUGCUGUGCCGUCGAAAUGAUGCAUUUGUCCACCCCUCGGUACGAUCAAGAUCGACUGGGAAUCAUUUUCAGAGCUUCUCCUCGCCAGUCCGAUGUGAUGAUUGUUGCCGGAACUUUGACCAACAAGAUGGCCCCAGCCCUGAGACAAGUUUACGAUCAGAUGCCCGAGCCGAGAUGGGUCGUCAGUAUGGGCAGCUGUGCCAAUGGUGGUGGAUACUAUCACUACAGCUACUCGGUCGUCCGAGGUUGCGAUCGAAUUGUCCCCGUUGAUAUUUAUGUGCCUGGAUGCCCACCUACCAGUGAGGCUUUGAUGUAUGGCAUCUUCCAGCUCCAGAAGAAGAUGAGACACACAAGAAUUACCCGAUUAUGGUACAGGCAGUGAAAGGAUGACGAGCGGAACAAUUCAGUCGCUAGGGUGCAAUCUCUUACCCAUUAUCGUGGUGGCAUGGCGUUCUACUGGCACAACAUCCUAUCAGAGGUGUUUGACUGCCAUAUUUUGUACGAUGAGCUUCAAAAUGUACAGAGCUCCGAAUGGAUCAUUUCAUCUUGCA